UACCGGUGUCCUUAAAUGAUGCUGGGGCCGAAGAAGAAGAUGAUGAUGCCUUGUUAAGGGUUUUAUUUUUGGCUUAUCAGACUCCGCAUCGGAUAAACGACUUGGGGAGUUUUCAGCCCCGGGCGUACACAGAUCAAAAGCCGUUUCCCAGACCGUAGAAAGACACGGAGAUUAAGGGAGAGAGAGGAUAGAGAGAGCUGAAGCUCCUCUCCCAUCAGACAAUUCCGCUGCCUCGGGCCGGGAUGCAGAAGAGAAACCGAGUUUCCAAAUCGCAAGAUGUUUGAAUAAACGCCAGCCAUUUAAAGUACGUAAACAUUCGGGAUAUCCAACACUGAAUACCGCGCAAGCCUGUUAAGGAAUCAGAAAGGAGGAGGGCGGCAUUUUAGACUCAUCAAUCUCAUCCUUGUGAGGAAGAAGGGCCUCAUGGGACGCUAUGCAGGGUUAAAAUGGUUUUGCACGCUCAUGAGUUACCACAACCAGGAGUUUUCAACCGCGGACGCAUACAGAUCGCGUGCAGUUGCGAUGGUGGACACGCACUGUGGUGUGGUCAUACAUUUUUCGCAUAUGGACGUCUGAAAAACAUCUUAUCAUGUGGAUAUCUGCACUUGCAAGAUUCAUGUGACUUUGCAAAUCGUGUUUUUCUGCUCACUUUUUGGCCAGUUUAUCUCUCAUCAAAGUGUGAGCAUAGAUCACCUCAGAGUGGAGAAUGAGCUCUCAUUUAGGGCACAAGACAUCAAGAGCUCUGUUUCAUAUUUUGUACUCGUAAUUACGGUCUUUUCUUAGACGGACUGUUCCGGAGGGAAUCCAGACUCCAUUGAGACUGUAGAAAGAGAGUCAUAUUUUGUGUCGUGUAGUUUUUCUUUUUUUUUCCUCAUACUUUUUGUUUCACUGUAUACCUCCCAUCAAAACAGUUUUUUUUUUCCUUUCUGUAGUUUGACGUCAUGCUCACAUGCACUCAUCUGCUGUGAUGCUUUGAGAGAUAUGAGAUUGGUCUCUGAGCAAGUACUGUAUGAAUGCCUGAACUCAAGUUGCUGCUUCCUUUGAGCUCUUUUUGGUGUAACAUGGGGCUUACUGGAGAUUUGCACUAAAAGAGCUUUGCUGUCACUUGAUUUUCCUUUUAUUGACCAAAUCUUGUUACAUUCAAGCCAUAUGAACUUAUUUUUAAUGAAACUAGAGCUAUUUUUGUAUUACAGUAAAGUCAUAGUAUCGCAUAUUAUGUGUAUAUGAAUUUAGUCUAUUUUUUAUGUAUCAGCACAGACGUAUACAAAAAGACAUCUGCACUGUUUUAUGUUAAUGUUUGUUUUUUUUUUUUGGAAAGAAAUGCACCUUGAUUUGAUCUUUUUCACUAAAUUUAUUGUUAUGGCCAUGGCUACACACCAUCCUCACUCAGGUGGGAGACAAGUUUCCUUCUCUCUCUGACGCCUCCCCCUGUUCCCCAGUUUUUUUGACGCCUCCAAAUGCCUGUGGGUCUCAGUGUGGGCGGGGCUCUCGGAGACCCCUCCCCAUCCCGCCCAUUCCGCCCCAGUCGCUAUGUGCCUGUGUCCGCAGCAACCGCCUUCCUUGUGGGGGCCACGACACUGUUUCUCUGUUUCACAUGUCCGUGGCUGUCCGAGCGGUUCUCCUCCUCCAUUCCGCUCUAUAAUGCUGUGGUCUUCCUCUUCACACUGGCCAAUUUCUGUAUGGCCACAUUCAUGGACCCCGGCAUCUUUCCUAGAGCUGAAGAAGAUGAGGACAAAGAGGAUGAUUUCCGGGCUCCGCUAUAUAAGACGGUGGAGGUGAGGGGCAUUCAGGUGCGGAUGAAGUGGUGCUCCACAUGUCGCUUUUACAGACCACCGCGCUGUUCACACUGCUCCGUGUGUGACAACUGUGUGGAGGAGUUUGACCAUCACUGCCCAUGGGUGAACAAUUGCAUUGGGAGGCGGAAUUAUCGUUAUUUCUUUCUGUUCCUCCUCUCUCUCACUAUUCACAUUAUGGAUGUGUUUGGCUUCAGUCUGCUGUACAUCCUCCAUCACACUAAACAACUGGACCAGGUCCACUCUGGAGUCACUAUGGCGGUGAUGUGUGUAGCUGGUUUGUUUUUUGUCCCGGUUGCAGGACUCACUGGGUUCCAUGUUGUCCUUGUUGCCAGAGGGAGAACAACUAACGAACAGGUGACUGGGAAGUUCAGAGGUGGCGUUAACCCCUUCACACACGGGUGCUUAAAAAAUAUUGCACACGUGCUGUGUAGUUCACAAGCUCCCAGGUAUCUUGGUCGCUUGCGAAAGCCUCAUUCUGUUCAGGUCCAGCCACCAUUUCUGCGGCCUCCUCUAUCUGAAGCCCAACUAGCAGCUAAAGUUCUGGAUAAUGGCAUCCAACAGUCUAAAAGUAGUUUGGAGAUAAUGGAGAGUCAGUCCACUGAUCCUGAUCCCCCUCCACCACCUAAACCAGAGCACAGAUACCCUGGGCUGCCUCACACACAAAAUGAAGAGUGCAGCUUGCUGACUGAGGCUCCACCCACACCUUCAUUGUAUAAAUACAGGCCGGCCUACAGCAGUCCAGGAAAAAACCACACGGCCUCAACACAUUCCAGCAAGAUGAGUCGAGGGAACAGUAUGACUGAGUCUCCCUCUGUCCCCGUCACCUCUGGGCAGCCCAGCUACCGCUCGGACCCCAGUUUGUCAAGCCGAGGGGGUGCAGGGUGCCGUGGGGGAGGGGAGGGAGGUAGAGCAGGCUCGGGGGGCCUGGGUGGGGCCUCUGCGUUUGGUGGACGAUCCUACCCUUCUUUUACUGAUACCCUACUCCAGUCAGCAGCAGCCUCUUGCUCCUCAAGCCUUCGCUCCGCCCAAACGGCCCACAACGCCCUCGGGCCCCUCAUCUCUGAGGGUACGACCUCCACUAGCUACAAGAGUUUAGCCAAUCAGACACGCAACGGCAGCUUGUCAUACGAAAGUCUGCUGACGCCUUCCGAAAGCCCGGAGUUCGAGUCUGCUGCUCACGAGCUGUCCCCACCCAGACCACACCCUCCACACUCUCUUAGCACAGCACUGGGGGCCCCGCCUAUUUUGGGGUACACGUCCCCUUUCCUGUCUGCUCAGCAGAGGGAGGGCUCUCUCCAGGCCUGCCCUGCCCCCCUAAGACCCUCCCCCAACAGAGCUUUCCUGCGCCCAACAAGCUCACCCCCUUCUCGGGCUCCGCCCCUUUCUCCUCGCGCUCGCUCAUUGGGCUCGCCUCCAUCUGGCCCUGCCCCUGGCCAUACACCUCUGGGCAAAUCACUAUCCUAUGGAGGUGGUGCCGAAUUACAGCACCGCCCCUCUAGCUCAGGGGGCGGGACUCCGAUGCCGAAGAUGACUCUGUCUCUGUGCUAAGCUCGACUAUUAAACAAAACGUGGCCAAUCAUAACACCCACUCACACAAACCUGCAGGAGGGGUGAAGAAAGUGACUGGUGUUGGAGGAACAACCUAUGAGAUUUCAGUAUGACUGAUAAAAGAAAAUCAGGAUUCACUCGGCAGUUUUUGCCCUCUGAGCUCCAGUCGGAUGGAUGUAAAGCUGCUCAACCAAACAUGCAAAAAAGCAUAAAAGACUACACGGAGAAAUCCUAAGUGUUUCCCAGUCAAACUUCAUCAGUCACUGUGGAGGACGUACACUGAGAACAUGGACCAGUGAAGACGAAUCUUACAGCGUUUUUUUUUCUUUCUUUUUUUCUGAAUAUCAAUAUGGUACACACAUCCCACAGACUUUCUUAAUUAUUUAAAGGAUCAUUUGGUACUUCAGUGUAUUACCUAACGAUUUAUACGCAAGACUGUCCAAUGAUCAAUGGACAUUCAGCCUUAGUAGGCGGGACCAUGUGAGACACACUGAUGCCUCAUUCAGAAUGACGUUAACAGAAACCAUAAGCCUCUCAGCAGUCAGCCAAUAAGCAUUUGAAACAUUGACUACAUAAAUCACUGUUCAGUCUUGCAUAUUCCAUAGCGCUCCUGAUUAAAAACCCUUAAAGAGACAGUUCACCAAAAAUGAAAAUUCUGUCAUCUGUCAUGUUUUAUACCCUUAUGUCAUUCCAAACUCAUAUUACUGACUUUCUUCUGUGGAACACAAAAGAAGAUAUUUUAAUGAAUGUUCACAUUGCUCUUUUACAGACAAAAGUGUCCACACACUUUCCAGCUCCAACAAAGACAAUACAAUACAACUUCUAAAGUCUUCUAAAGCAGUGGUUCUCAACCACUAUGGGUAAAGUUUCCAAGGGGGCUUCAAGAUGACUUAAAAUGGUUUAAAAUAUGACAGCUGAGAGAUGCAAAAUGCAACAGUUGUUUUGAAAACGUUCAUGUGUGCUGAUCACAUAACUUUCAUUUUUGGGUGAACUAUUUCUUUUUUUAUUAUUAUUUUAUACAGGUACAGAUGUAUAUUAUAAGUAUUAAGUUUGAUAAAGAAGAUAAUAUUAAGAUGCAGGCAUAUAUGAUGUAUGAUUGUUUGUUUUAGGUUGGAUUUAUAUGGCUGCAUCAGCCAGAUGAAAUUGUCAGCCAAAGAAACUCGGUCUGUUUGACGAAUAGCACACUCGGCAAGUAGGAGUGAAUGUAUCUAAAGACACACAAGUUACUAGAGCACAAAAUAUUAAGCGAAAGAUUAUUUACGUUAAGUACUGAAGAUACCGUAUGCAAAUUGUAACUUUGUGUCGGCGUGUCCACCAAUCAAGAGUCAUACUCUCUUGACAAAUGGUCAGCCAAUCACAAGAGAGUUUAUUUAUUUAGCUGGAGGAGGCCAGUGCAAGUACAUGCUGGAUGCACCAUCAUAUAGAUGGGGACAUUGAUUUAAAAACGUCGUUCUUUAUGUUGUUUUAACUUUUCUUUUUUUUUGUAACUGGACAUUGGUUAAAAUAAACAGCCAGAGUACAGUGAUUGUCUCCUUAUAGAUAUAUAAGUUUGAUUGUAUUCGUCAAUGUGAGAGAACGAGUGUGAAAUUUUAUUGGAACUUACCUGACUGUUGUACAAGAGCACAUUCCAACUAUCCUUUUGGUUCAGAUCAGAGGUCGUUCAUGUCUUUUGUCUGCUUUUUGAGAUCUGAGGAUCGGUCAGUGUAAGAUAAAACCACUUAUGCAGAGACACAUACAAGUUUUUUUUUUAUCUUUUGUCAUUUCCACCAUGGCCUUAUGAUGCCUUUUAACUGUUAUCAAGGGUGUUUCAGUCUGCAUAAUUGGCUCUGAGAGAUGACAGAUAGAGGAUUGUUGUGUUGGGUUUUGGGUAAGAAUGCAGACUCGUUUAACCCUUCUGUAUUCCUUUAAUGCCGCUGACUCUGUGUCACAUGAGCAACACAUUUUCAACAGAACAAUAAACAACAGAAUGAACACAA